AAGUGGAAAUCUUAUUUGGUUGUGACCUACUUCCUGUCGUCUAACCGGGCAUGCAGUUUUUAGUCAGAAACAUUUUUUUAAUAUUAGUAUUGUAGUCCAAAUUAGAUAGUAAAUAAGCAGGAAUGUCUACUAAUUUUGGUUCCAGACCUGGUGGAACUGAUGGUAGUGACCAUUGGCACAGAGAAAGUAUUGCUUGGCAGUACAAAGUCAGUACUAUCAACAAGUCACGACUGCGUUUCGAUAUAUUUCUGCAGUUAUUGUUGGGAUUUUUGAUGUUUGUCCGGUUACUGCCAGCACUCUCAGCUUUGUUUGGCUUCUCUUUACAAAGCCUACGUCGUUGGGAUUUACCAGCUCCACGUCCUUGGGAAUAUGCCUGGUUUAUUAGUACUGUUGCAGCUAUUUUAGGUUGGAGAUCUACACCAAAUAAUAAAACAUUUCUUCUUAAACAAUAUAUGCUAGGAACAGUUGUUUUUGGAAUUUUCCCCGUAGUGUUUGGUUUUAUAGAUUUAGGAAGUGAUAUGUAUGCUUAUAUUACAGAACGAAAAUACACGUACGUUAUGUUUAGUUUUCCAGCAGUCCUUCUAUGGUCAACCUUUCUAUUUAUAGCUGCUCAACUUCACAUUUUUGGUUUAUAUUUCGGAACUGUUCUUCUUAAAGCAUGGAAACCAAGAAAGAAGCAGCAAUAGAUUAUGUAGCUUCUUUCCAGAUAAAAAAAAAAAUUAAAAGUGUGAACUUUUUUCCAGAAAAUUUUGGAAAGUAGAUAGAUUUGGCUUGGUCAUUGCUGUUUUAUUAUUCCAUCCUAAGAUUAUACAACAAAUAUGUAAUUGAAAUAUCACAGCCCAGUUUGAGUGCACACCAAUAAAGGUUGUUGUUUAUUAAAUGUAUGUUUAUUCCUCUUGAAAUGGAUUGUAUGACUUAAUUUAUGGUGUGUUUCAAAGAUUAUGAAGGUGGGCAUUUUACCACUCUUGUCAUAUUUUACUUUCACAUGAAACAAAUCAAGAUUGUAGCUGAAUAGUAAAAUGUAUUUUUUACCUAUAGAUUUAAAUUUUUAACUUUUACAUCUAUGAAUGUUUGUCGAAAGUAAUAUUUUUCGUUCAGUUGUAAGCACACAAUUUGUUGCUUAUGUGAAAUUGUAUGGCAGUUGUCAAUUACCAGCAAGAAAAUCUUUUGACAAUAUGUCUCUGAAAUUAUAUUCUAAAUACAAAUGAUGAUGAAAAUGAGUUCUAGUCACUUCCCUAUAUGUUUUUGUGCAAUAUCUUUGACAAUUUUAAACUAAGUAAUUAUUGUAUAUCAACACCAUUUCAGCUGCAGUAACUUAAAAAAGCGUUUAUUAUAUGUAUGUACAAACAAGUAGUCUAUAUUUUAUAAGAACAAUAAAAAAAAACGAUUUUUCGUACAAUCGGGGGCCAUAAUCUAGGAAGUUACGGUGCGAAACGUACAAGUAUCGACAGGAACCUAGAUCUUGGGGAUAUAAACCUUGGUAUUACAUGUACAUACUUUGUCAGGCAGUUUCGGUCCAAUUUUCACGAAAUUCAAACUUAACUAUCAUCAGGGUGUAAAAUCAGAUAAAAACUGUGACACCAGCUAAAAUUGUAAUUUUUUUGUACAAUCAGGGGCCAUAAUCAAGUAGGUCACGGUCCGGUAUGCACAAAUGUCAAAAGGAACCAAGAUCUUUGUGAUAUAAACACGUUAUAAGUUUCAUCAAAAUCAGAUCAAGGUCCACAACCUUGAUAUUACAUGUGAUUUUCGUACAAUCAGGGACCCUAAUCCAGGAAGUCAUGGUCUAAUAUGCACGAAUAUCAAAAGGAACCAAGUUUUUUGGGAUAUAAACAUAUUGUAAGUUUCAUUAAAAUCGGUAGUCAUUAUGGUGUAAUAUUGAUACAUUUGAACGUUUUUUUUAAUUUGUGACCUCUUGAGGGUCCACAUGCUAAAAACGUAAUUUUUCAUACAAUCAGAAGACCCUGAUGUUUGCCUUAUUUUAACUAAAAUAUAGCCCUUUAUAAAACUUUGGUUGUUUUAAUGUAUCAAAUACAUCAAUAAGUUUUAUGAGUUUAUAAGUUUGAAAGCCUGAGGAUCCUUUGUGAACUCGGGGCCUGGAAGUUAAGGGCCGAUACAUGCCAAUAUCGAAAGGAGCCAAGAUUUUGGGAUAUCAACCUAUAUUUGAAGUUCCGUCAAAUCGGAUAAAAGUUGUGACCUUUAGAGUGUUUACAAACAAAUGUGUCCGGACGAACAGGGGCAACAACAAUAUACGCCCAUAUUGUAUCAAAAGUAAUUGAAAUUGAACAGAACGGUGUCGGUGCAUGUAUAUAAAAUUUUUACAGAUGUUAACUUUGUUUUACAAAGUAACAUAAUACAUACACCACCCAAUAUGUAUCAUCCAAUUACUACAUGUACAUGCAUGUUACUGUUCAGAUAAACAGAUAAAGCAACGAUAUAAAGUACCAUUGAAACCAUGUACAUUAAACUAAAUAACUUCAUGUACAAUAAACUGCCAUAAUGUGAUAACUUUAUGUACAAUAAACUGCUAAAAUGUGUUAUUAUAUGCCCACGUGUCGUCGCCCCAGUAUUGUACUGUAUGUCAGUUCACAUUUUGUUUGUGGACAGUCGACAGGACACAAUUUGUAUCCGAUUUUCAUGAAACUUGAAAUAUAGUUUUAUAUCCCAAAGAUCUCAGUUCCUUUCGAUAUUGGCAUUUAACUUCAUGGAUUAUGGCCCCUGAUCACACGGAAAAUCUCUUUUUAGCUUGUGGACACUCUAGAGGUCACAAUUUUUAUCCGAUUUUGAUAAAACUUGAAAUUUAUGUUUAAAACCCAAAGAUCUCGGUUCCUUUCGAUAAUGGCGCAUAACGGACCGUAAAUUUCUAGAUUAUGGCCCCUGAUUUUUCGAUCAAUCAGGGGCCAUAAUCUAGAGGCCAAAACUGCUUGACAAAAUAAUGGCUACGGUGCUCCCCAUACUCAAAUAGUUUAAAAGUAUGUAAUACCAAGGAUUUGGACCUUCUAGGGGUCUCAAUUUUUAUCUGAUUUCGAUUAAAUUUAAAAUAUAUGUGUAUAUCCCAAAGAUCUGUAUUCCUUUUGAUUCCUUGACCAUUAAUUCCUGGAUUAUGGCCCCUGGUCUUCUGAAAAAUUGCUUUUUUAAAGCUUUUUCUAUGUCUAUCUUUUAUCUUGGAUGGCAACUGCUUGUUUUCUCAGUAAAUGAUUUUAUUACUUAGAUAUUAUUGUGCAUGGUGGUUAUUAAAAUUGGUAUUUCUGUAGCUAGAUAUAUAUUUUUUAUUGUACACUGCUGUCAUAGAUCUCAUAAAGAAUUCAACAUCAUUAGAUUACACCAUCUUGUAACAUAUAUUGUCCUCUUUUAUUGUGUAAAAAUCCUGUACAUAUCUGAUUAGAUGGAUAAUAAACUACUGUCCAUAUGAUGUUUUUCUUUUACAGCAAAUGUGGAAUUCAGCAAAUCUUUUACGCACAUUUUCAUAAUAAAUAUUAUAGAAUCUGCCAUAAGUUUUCUAAUAGUAUUUUGAAAAUUGUAUUUAUUUAGGAGUUACAAUUGUCUUCAAAUAGAUAUGUAGCAUAGAUACUGAAUCGACAAAUUAUAGUAUCACCUGUAAUCUGUAUUAUGUUUCAGGGAUUUAUUCUAUAAGCUUAUGUUUUUUGUAUUUUGAUGUGUGUAAAUAUGACAGUAAAUAACAAAAAUAUCCAAUCUCUUCCAUUUAGUAAUGAUGUUAUUGCUUAAUUGUUUUAUUUAUAGUUAUUAAAUAACUUUUUUUUUUUCAAUCCUUAAAAGACGUUUCAUUGGUGUUGUUGAUAAAUAAUAAAGAUGUCUUGUGGUAUAAUGAUUACACAAUACAAAUCUUCUUUCAAACUGCUCUACAGGAGAAUAAAUAAAAAAAACCAACAAUCCCCUAGAAUGUCAAUAGAGAUGAAAGAAAGGUUGUGAUUAUGUUCUUGAAGAAAUAGGUGUAUCACAGAUAUUGUCCCUGAUAUUUGUUGUAAUGAAUUGUAUGAAAUUGUAUUUUUCUUUAUCCAAUUAUUAAAAUAAUCUUGGGUUUGUUUUAA